AUGUCUUUCCGCGUGGUGCGCACCAGCAAGUUCCGCCACGUGUACGGAACUCCACUGAAGCGUGAGCAAUGCUAUGACAAUAUCAGGGUGUCCAAGUCGUCAUGGGACUCGACGUUCUGCGCCGUGAAUCCCAAGUUCCUUGCCAUUAUUGUGGAGUCGGCGGGCGGCGGUGCCUUCAUCGUCCUGCCGCACAAUAAGGUAGGAAGAAUACCGGCAGACUAUCCUUUAGUAGGAGGGCACAAGGGACCUGUAUUAGACAUUGCGUGGUGUCCCCAUAAUGAUAAUGUCAUAGCUUCUGGUUCUGAGGACUGUGUUGUCAAAGUAUGGCAAAUACCUGACGGGGGUAUUUCCAGGACGUUGACCGAGUCGAUAGUGGACCUGCAGCUGCACCAGCGCAGAGUUGGUCUAGUGUUAUGGCAUCCCUCCGCAUUAAAUGUGCUUCUCACAGCCGGCUCAGACAAUCUCGUUAUCAUUUGGAACGUCGGCACGGGAGAAGCCCUGGUACGCAUUGACUGUCAUCCAGAUGUGGUCUACUCCGCAUGCUGGAACUGGGACGGAUCUCGAUUAGUCACUACAUGCAAAGAUAAAAAAAUUCGAAUUCUAGACCCGAGAUCGGGUGAGAUAUUGGAGGAGGCUAUAGCGCAUGAGGGUAGCAAGGCGACUCGUGCCAUUUUUCUUAGGGGUGGCUUGAUCUUUACAACGGGUUUUAGUAAGAUGUCGGAAAGACAGUAUUCAUUACGAGCUCCCGAUAUGUUGGGCGAGCCCAUAGUUAUGGUAGAAUUAGAUACGAGCAAUGGAGUUAUGUUUCCCCUGUAUGAUCCCGAUACAAAUUUAGUAUACUUAUGUGGCAAGGGCGAUUCUGUGAUCCGAUAUUUUGAAAUUACGCCCGAGCCGCCGUUCGUUCAUUACAUUAAUACUUUUCAAACUCCCGAUCCUCAGCGGGGUAUAGGAAUGAUGCCAAAACGGGGCUGUGAUGUCAAUAGCUGUGAAAUAACCAGAUUCUAUCGAUUAAAUAAUUCAGGCUUUUGUCAAGUAGUAUCUAUGACGGUGCCAAGAAAGUCUGAACUUUUCCAAGAAGAUUUGUAUCCUGAUACUCCCGGUGACACUGCCGCGAUCUCGGCGGAGGAAUGGGAAGCCGGUACUGACGCGGAACCUGUGUUAAUAUCCCUCAGGGAUGGCUAUCAACCGACCGCCUCUAAGAACGAGCUUAAAGUACAAAAGAAGUCUAAUAUAUUGAGCAAAGGCGCCAAGGUUGCAUCUAACGCCGGUCAAAACGCCACGGAGAUUUCGUCGGGAGUUUGUGAAGAAUUAUUGAAGGAGUGCAGGGAAGAAAUAAGAAAAUUAAAGGCAGUGAUCGUGAAACACGAAGGCAGGAUACGAGUAUUGGAAUCUGCGGUCGCUCUUCAAAUGAAGGAAGAAGAGAGGAAAGAGAGGAAGGAAAAGUCAGCUUCUCCCGAUGGCAAGGAAAGGCUUGCUUCCGACGAAGUCUAGAAACUUCGGAUUUUUAUCCCACGACCGAGAUUUUCGGCGUGAUGUUGUAUUUCUAAUGAGAAUAUUUUUCACUAGAAUCACUAAUAUGUCUUCUAAUAAGAAUGAUCGUAUAUUUUGAUAUAACAACUUGUGUAAAUAGUAGGUUUUAGCGACGCCAUGUGCCCUUGACUCUCUGCAAUCUUUGCUAUUUAUUGUACAUCCAUUCAUCGUACAUUCUCUGCAUUUGUAUUAUGUUUACAUGUUUUACUAUUCUAUAUAUGUAUAUUAUAUAUUUUACAGGCGUUACAGCCAUGACAAUGUAUGUCCCUAGAGUUAAGUUUUCGAUCGAUAUAACUCUUCUAGCGUACGAAACUUAUGUAUAUGAACCUUUGUACGAAUGUUGAUUCGUGACAUACGCGAGUGCCUAACUUGUACAGAUAUUUGCUGUUGAAUAACAAAGAGUAUAUUAUUUUGUUUCAA